AUGGUAAACGUGGCCAUCAACGGUUUCGGUCGCAUCGGCCGCCUCGUGCUUCGCGCCGCUGCCAAGAACCCUAGUAUCAAGGUCGUAGCCGUAAAUGAUCCCUUCAUCGCCACCAAGUACAUGGAAUACAUGCUGAAGUACGACACCGUGCACGGCCGCUUCGACGGUAAGAUCGAUCACGACGAGAAAAAUAUCUACGUGGACGGCAAGCCUAUCCGUGUGUUCAACGAGAUGAACCCCGAGAAUAUUAAGUGGGGCGAGGAGCAGGUGCAAUACGUGGUGGAGUCCACGAGUGCCUUCACGACACUGGAGAAGGCAUCGACCCACUUGAAGAACGGCGUGGAGAAGGUGGUGAUCUCGGCUCCGUCCAGUGACGCCCCCAUGUUCGUGAUGGGCGUGAAUCACGAGCUGUACGAGAAGAACAUGCACGUGGUGUCGAACGCUUCGUGCACGACAAACUGCCUGGCCCCUCUGGCUAAGGUGGUGAACAACAAGUUUGGCAUCAAGGAAGGCCUCAUGACGACUGUCCACGCUGUGACUGCCACGCAGAAGACAGUUGACGGUCCUUCCAAGAAGGACUGGCGUGGUGGUCGUGGCGCUUGCUUCAACAUCAUCCCAAGCUCUACUGGUGCUGCUAAGGCUGUGGGAAAGGUGAUCCCGAGCCUGAACGGUAAGCUGACGGGCAUGUCGUUCCGUGUGCCGACUGCUGAUGUGUCUGUGGUGGACCUGACGGCUCGUCUGGUGAACCCUGCUUCGUACGACGAGAUUAAGGCUGCCAUUAAGUCGGCCAGUGAGAACGAGAUGAAGGGCAUUCUCGGCUACACAGAGAAGGCUGUGGUGUCGAGCGACUUUAUCGGCGACUCGCACUCGUCGAUCUUUGAUGCCGAGGCCGGUAUUGCCCUGACAGAUGACUUCGUGAAGCUUGUGUCGUGGUAUGACAAUGAGUGGGGAUACAGCUCGCGUGUGCUGGACCUGAUUGAGCACAUGGUUAAGAACGAGUAA